CUUCAAAUAUAUAUUUUUUUAAAUUUACUUUUUGGAAUGAAAAAGGAGAUUUCCAAUUUCUUUUAAUCCUAAUCGUCUCUUCAUCGAACCGUUUUGAUGUGUCUACCAUUCUCACCCAUCUGAAAACCCGGCUCUUCCUCCCGUUCGAUUCACUGUGUGUUUUCGUCUUCGUUUCGGCUUCAUAUACAUCGCCGCUGUUCCUCCGAUCGGUUCUUGUUUCCUUGAAUUUCUUCGCCGGCGAUCUGAUUUACCAGGCAGAUCCGACGAUUGCUGUUUCUGCCGUUUGGAAUUUCGACAAUCGGAUCGCUCCUCAUUUUCUUCGAGUUGGAGUUCGUCGUCGUUGACUUUGGUUAGGGAUUUCUAAUAGGAACUUACAGAGUAGUGUUUGAGUUAUCAGUAGAUAGACUGUGGAGAUGUUAGGAGCCGGUGUACGGUUUGGUCGCGGCAGGGGAGAGGACCGGUUCUACGAUUCAUCCAGAGCGCGCAGAGGCCUUCUCAGUCGUCAAAAUGAUCGGCUGUGUAGACCUCAAGAAGACGCUUCCGCUACUCCAUCCUGCGUCGUUAAGGAUUCUUCGCUGCAUUCUCCGAUUACGCACCGCGUCGCCUCUGAUGAAGCUACUAAACCAGUUGCCGUUCCUAAUCCUAAUCCCCAGCCGGUUGUUUCCCCGUUAAGUAAUCUCGAGCGCUUCUUGCAGUCGGUUACUCCCUCUGUGCCUGCUCAGUUUUUCUCCAAGAGUUCGUUGAGAGGUUGGAGGACGUGCGAUUCGGAGACGCAACCGUACUUCGUGCUUGGGGAUUUGUGGGAGGCCUUCAAGGAGUGGAGCGCUUAUGGGGCAGGAGUGCCUCUGCUAUUGAAUAACACUGAUGGUGUGGUUCAAUAUUACGUCCCGUAUUUGUCUGGUAUACAACUGUACGGCAUGGAACCGUCGGCAAAGCCAAGGCGAUGGGGUGAGGAAAGUGACAGUGACUAUAGAGAUUCAAGUAGUGAUGGUAGUAGUGAUUCUGAAACCAAGAGAAGAAUAAAACACACUAGAGAGCUACUCCACCAUAAUGAUCCGUCUAUCACAGCUCCUCUUAGAAUAGAUAGAUUGUCUUUGAGGGAUCAGCACAUGGGACUUCAUGAAGACUGCUCCAGUGAUGAGGCUGAAUCUUUCAAUUCUGAAGGUCGCCUUCUAUUCGAGUAUCUUGAAAGAGACCUACCGUAUUCACGUGAACCUUUGGCUGACAAGAUAUUGGACCUUGCUUCGCGCUUCCCUCAGCUGAAAACAAUGAGAAGUUGUGACCUACUACCAUAUAGUUGGAUAUCUGUGGCAUGGUACCCAAUUUACAGAAUACCAACCGGGCAAACAUUAAAGGAUCUUGAUGCUUGCUUUCUCACGUACCAUUCUCUACAUACAGCAAUCAGAGGCCCUCAAAGCACACAAGUGCCAUUUGUGGCAUAUCCUUGCAAGACGGAUAGUGCCGAAAAGAUUCCUUUAAGAAUUUUUGGACUUGCUUCAUACAAGUUUAAAGGGUCGUCAUUGUGGAUGCGAAAUGGUGGAGUUGAGCAUCAGUUGGCAAACUCCCUCUCGCAGGCUGCAGAUCACUGGUUAAGAUUUCUCCAGGUCAAUCACCCGGAUUUCCUGUUCUUCAGCCGCCGAGAUGCAACACCUUACUGAUACUAUAUUCUUACCAACUAGAAAGCAAAGCAUAACGAGUUGUGGCCCUGGAAAAGAAUCCUGUAAUUUUGUGCGUUGCGCUGUAUGCUUGGUGAAAGGGCGGUUCUCUCGUUUGCUUUCACUAAGGUGAGGGGAACUGGAGGGGAAGGCUAAGGAAUGGAAUAGGUCCCCAAAAACUGAAGGCUGUAGAUGGUCGGCAAGCACAUGCCUGAUGUAAUAACAAAGACCAAUGGAAAGUGCAUGGUAAAAAUGUAAGAGAAAAAGCCUUGGAACUGGAAGGUAGACGUUGGUUCGACGUGUAUUAAUAAGCAGGUUUCCUUGCCUUUUUAAAUCUCUCUGACCGACAGUCCUAAUUUUGUUAGAAUGUAAUGUUAUUUAACGGGAUAUUAAUAGGUUUGAUUCAGGAGCUCAGAUACAGCAGAGCAUUGAACUGUAUCGCAGGAGUUCCCUUGUCCACGAACUGGUUAUAACCUUUAGAAAUGUUUAUGGAAAGCGUUCAAUACGCCCUGAACUUGGGUGUUUUUCCGUUCUUGGUUUCCUUAAAAUGGCUUUGAGGCUUGAUGAAACAAUGGGAAUCCAAGCGGAUCCGGAGCAAUGGAAUGCUUGAUGACCUUGUUUUUGUUCUCUUCUGUAGAAAUGUAAAUGUACGGUACCAGCAUCUACUGGAGGGGGCCAUUCGUAGGAACAGCGUCGGCUUCCCUGGUGCUCGUAAGUGUACUGGUAAUUCUCUUUAACCCAUCUCCAAGGUUAAAUUACAAUAUUUAACAA